UUUUAUAUUUUAUAUAGUGUACAGUUGUUUAUGUAAUUGAUAGUUCAUUUUAUUUUGUGUUAGUUAUUAUUAAAAGAUGUAAUACGAGCGCGUUAUGAAAUAACCUUUUAUUUUCUAACUGCAAAAAAUAAUACAAACUGUUUAAUAUUUAUGUUGUAGACAUAAUAUUAUAACCAAUCCUUAAAAAAAAAUGGGAGGAGGUGAUCUGAACUCGAAGAAAUCAUGGCAUCCCAACACUAUCAAAAACCAGGAGCGUGUAUGGAAGGCAGAGCAAGCCAGUGCAGAAGAAAAAAAGCGUAUUCUGGAGCUACAGAGAGAGCGUGCCGAGGAGCGCGACCGUGCGGAGCUCAACGACCUCGCCAAACGUGCAGCUGGAGCCUCUGGGGCUAAUGACAAUCGCUUGCAUUGGAUGUAUGAUAAACCUGAUAAAAAGGUCCAGCAAGAAGAUUUUCUCCUUGGCAAAGCCAUUGAUAGCAACUAUGAGGCAGAUAAAGUUGAACCAGAUUACAUCCCUGCUGUGGCUCGGAGGGUGGUGGGUUCCAGCAUGCUGGCCAGCGUGGGCGACGCGCAGGUUGAUCUGGCGAGGAAGAUGCGAGAGGAUCCACUGAUGCUAGUGAAGGAGAGGGAGAGAGCUGCCCGGGCGGCCCUGUUGAAUAACCCUUUGCAAAGGCGUCGCUUAACAGAGUUGCUUAGGAAAGAUCAGGAACAAAGAAAUCAAAAGAAAGAAAAGAAAAAACCAAAGAAAGACUUGGAUAACAUGUUAGCUGCUAAACUCACCGCAAUGGGUGAAAAACAAAUUGACCUAGUGGCUCUACUGGCUUCUAACGAUUCCAGUUCCGAUUCUUCCUCCGAGGAGGAGCAUAAGAAAUCUAAAAAGAAGCACAAAAAGUCAAAGAAACAUAAAAAGGAAAAAAAGAAGUCAAAACGUGAAAAUUCCAGCGAAGUUUCCUCAUACGAAGAUGACACAAAGAAGUCUAAACAUAAGCCUAGCAUCGAAAGAAGUAGGUCUCCUUUAAUUGAUAGCAGAAACCAGAAGUCACGCCAUCGGGGCGGCAGCCCUAACGACUCGGAUUACGAACAUAGUAACAAGAAAUACAGUAGAGCCGAGAAAACCGAAGCGAGAUCGGACAAGGAAGGCCACGGGCGGAUGCGGCGGGACAGCGCCGAGCGCGGGAGGUCGCCCGACCGCUGGAGGAGACGCCCGUCGGAGGAGCGGAGACACGGACAAGACCGACGGCAAAAGUCGCCCGACCGCCGGAGACGGCCGAGGUCGGAGGAGAGGACCCACAGACCGCAGGAGCGGGGGCCGAACAAAGCGGACGCCCGGGGAGGGUACAAAAAAAAGGUCGGCAUGAGCUCGGAACAGCGCUCGGCGGCGUUGGCGGCGAUGACGGCGGCGGGCCUGGAGCGUGAGCGCGAGCGGGAGCGGCGCGUGGCCGGCCAGCGCGCCGCCGCCGCCGUCGCCGAGCGAGACAAGCCCCGGCCGUGCAAGCUGCGCACCGAGGCGCACUCGCUGCCCGACUCGCUCGAGAGCCGCAUACAUUCCAACCGGCACUACAUCCAGCGGGAUCGCUCGCACAUGGACAAGCCUUUUGCGCGCAGGUGACCUUGACUCUAACUCGACGACUGUUGUUGGCGCCUAAUUUGUAACUGGCCCGUCAAGAUGCCGAUGGCUUUCGACUAAAAUUUAGAUAAGUCU